ACGUUCAAGUGUUCUGCUUCUAGCUCCACACUAAUUUUUGUUAGUUUUUGUAUCAGUUAGAAUAGGACUAAAUGUUUGGAUACUCUAUUUGAAGCGAAUUCAUUUAGUCGUUACAGUUGCAUCUUGUUGCAGACCACAAUAUGUAGCAUGGCCUUAAUGAUUACAAUUUGAUUUUAGAAACAUUCCUAUUUUGCGAAACAACGGAAAGAUGCAACUUGAACUAGGUUAUCAAGAUAUAUACAGAGGUUUAAAUAAUCGCUUUAUCAACAAAUUUUAUGAAUAGUCAUCAUUUUAAGAAAACAUUGCACUGUCAGUGUCAGAGAUUUAAUUUUGCUAUUAGAUUCUCAUUUUAUCUCAUAUUUCUCCUUAAAAUCAUGUCAGAAUUUAAAAAAAAAACUUGAAUUGUGAACGAUUUAAACAUUGAGACGAGUGAACGGAACAUGUCUGAAAUUAGCACUAGUGGUACUAUCACAAUGGACGGCACUAAAGGAUCAGAGACAGUGCAAAGUCAUGUAUCAUCAGCGAAAAGCACUUCUGAUAUAGAGAAGGUGAAUUUUCUAGACAAGCUCCGGCACAGUGGUGAAUACAGAAUUCGUUUCUUGCAUACAUGUUUCGUUGUUUGGAUGUUUAUCACUCUGGGCUGGAAUGUCUCGGUUGUCGGGGGUACAUUCCCUGACCUUCGUCUGAUUAUACAGAAAGACCUUGAAACGGCAUCGUGGAUAUUCACGCUUGGUUCCCUUGGCUACUUGGUAGGAGCAUUCAUUGGUGGACUUCUUUUUGACAGAAUGAACCGUCUGUUGCUGUUAGUUGUUGUUACAAUAUUGAAUGCUCUAGCUAUAGCAGCGUUUCCAUGGUGUAGCACCUUCCCAUCUAUGUUAGCUAUAAACUUCUUCAGUGGUGUGUUUAAUGGCGGAAUGGACGUUGGUGGAAAUUCACAUGUAGCAUCUAUAUGGGGACAAAAUGCUGCACCAUUUAUGCAGACCAUUCAUUUUGGCUUCAGUUUUGGUGGCAUAAUAAGUCCACUGACAGCGGAACCAUUUUUGGCACCAAAAUCUUGCCCAGAUGUACCAAACAUAAAUACAACGUUUACUACAUCAGUGCCCUUUGCUAAUGGUACAACUGAAGCAGGCACCGAAUGCGAGGAAGUGUACGGCGAGACACAUAUCCAUUACGCGUACCUUAUUGCGGGUAUUGUGUCGCUGUCAGCAACAGUGCCUUUUCUUUGUCUUUAUUUACUAUCAAAAAGGUAUUACACGUACGUUGACUCGCCAAUAGCUUCAUUCAACAUUUCUGAAGGAAAGAAACUAAAAGAGUUACCGAAUUUAUCUCUUCCUAAUAGAGUGUUAUUCGUCACUCUUCUCAUGUUACUGAUAAGCAUUUAUGCUUGUACUGAGGGUCGAUUUUCAGGACUUUUAACGACAUUUCUUACAGAUCAUCUAGACUGGUCCACGGCAGAUGGCCUUCACGUGACUUCUUUAUUCUGGGGAACCUUUGCAGCAGGCAGGUUUAUUGGAAUUUUAGUCACAAGAUUUCUAAAAACACCAACAAUGAUUCUUAUUUAUCUUAUAGCUCUAACAGUCUCUUUCGUUGGCAUGUUCUUUGCAGCCAAGUACAAUGUCAGAGCACUUAUCUGGGCAUGCGCAGCUUUAGCCGGCUUUAGCAUGUCCGUGAUAUUUCCAUCUAUAUUUACAUGGACAGCAGAGAGUAUACUGGUUGUGACGGGAACCAUAUCUGCUAUAUACCUUGUCGGCGUUUCUGUGUUUAACAUGCUGUUUCCUUUGUUAUAUGGCUAUCUAAUGGACAACUUUACACAAAUGUAUUUUGUCGAUUUGCUGAUUGCUCAGUGCGUUGUUUCUCUCUGUAUAUACAUUUCCAUCCGUAUCCUGGUAAAAGUUAAUAUACAAACCAAAAACGAUCUAAACAAAACAUCAGUUUUAUACUGAGGUCCGUUCCAGCUCAUGUAUUUAGUAGAAAAGACUAUGCAAGCGUUUGGUAGAAAGGACUGUGUUACAAGACAUUAAAACAGGACUUUUGUUGAUGAUAGUGGACUUUCUAUUUUUAUUUAAACGAACGAUGUAUUGUAACCAUACUUUAAAUAUUACAUGUAUUCUGAUAUGAAAUAAAGCAAACAGGUAUUGACGUAAAACACAAGCAUAACAAUUUAGACUAAAUUUUAGUGACCUGAAUUCAUUAAAGCAUUAAAGUGGAAAAUAUAGUCAUUUUUUAUUUGGUUAACUACUAUUUCAUCCUAAUUUUGGUGACAGUGGCAAGCGUGGCAUAUCAUGUAGCCAACAGCUACUGUAACAGUCCUCAACGGUCGCCAUAGAAAAUGUAGAUGACAUUGCAUAAAUAUA